AUGAUCUCGCAAUUCUACCCUUGCGUGACGACGAAUCUGCUGACGGGGACCUGUAGCGUGGAGCUGCAGGAUGGGCAGGUCGUGCAGAUCACCGAUUGCAUCGAGAUGGAGGUGCAGGCGGGGAGCAAAAAGCAGGUCGACUACGACUCCGUCGAGGUCGCGAAGCUGAAGACGCUGCUUAAGCGGAUCUACCUCACCCUUUUCCCGAUCCCCGCGGACGGGGGGUGGUGCGAUUGCGGCAUGAUCCAUGGUACGGAGCCGAUGGAUGAAUAA